GCAGCGGAAGGCCCAACCCAGACACCGCGAGACAGAACAGGCAUCGCGAUAUCUGACCUCCCGUCCCUGACAGGCGGGCGUUCUUUCCGGGGGUUAUGGGAGGGCUCUGGCAUCCGGAAUGGAGGCGCCUCGCAUUCUGUAGCUGGCGUUGGAGCCACCCUGAGUCCCCCGCCAGGGCUGCGGAGAGAGUACAGCCGUUCCUCAGGCCGGGGAGGAAUGGGACAGGACGUGCUGAGAGGGGGCUGACGCGGCUCGGGACAUGGGAGCGUCCCGGCCUGGCCCGCGACCCAGCCGUGCAGCCGCCGCGGCGGCCGAAGAGCACGAACCCUUUCACGCGCGCGCAGGAGGAGGACUGGCGGCGGCGGAACAAGACGGUCCUGACAUACGUGGCCGCGGCCGCCGUGGGCAUGCUGGGGGCGUCCUACGCCGCCGUGCCCUUUUACCGGCUCUAUUGCCAGAUUACAGGACUUGGAGGAUCAGCAGUUGCAGGUCAUGCAUCAGACCAGAUUGAAAACAUGGUACCUGUUAAGGAUCGAAUCAUUAAAGUUACCUUCAAUGCAGAUGUGCAUGCAAGUCUCCAAUGGAACUUUAGACCUCAGCAAACAGAAAUAUAUGUAGUGCCAGGAGAGACAGCACUGGCGUUUUACAAAGCUAAGAAUCCUAGUGACAAACCCAUAAUUGGAAUUUCUACAUACAAUGUUGUUCCAUUUGAAGCUGGACAGUAUUUCAAUAAAAUACAGUGCUUCUGUUUUGAAGAACAAAGGCUUAAUCCCCAAGAAGAAGUAGAUAUGCCAGUGUUUUUCUACAUUGAUCCUGAAUUUGCUGAAGAUCCAAGAAUGGUGAAUGUUGAUCUCAUCACUCUUUCUUAUACUUUUUUUGAAGCAAAGGAAGGGCACAAGUUGUCACUUCCAGGCUAUAAAUGAAGUCAGCAACUAAAUCCUGCUUCAAAUUUGUGAUUUUUGAAAAAUCAUGUAUCCUGUCUUCUCAGAAGAGAAAUAUUCUACAAUAAUGUAAAGCCUUCUAUUUUAAAUGAUUCUACUCUUUUUUUCCUCCGAACUAAUUUAUCCCACUUAAAAUUUAGAGAACAGGUUCAGCUUUUAUCACAAGACACCCACUGCCUAUUUAGAAUUUAUGACUGUUCAAUGCCAUACUUAAUAGUUUGAUAGUAUUAAAGAGACUGCUUUGUUUCUUAAAUAUGCAGACUCAAUCGUUCAGCUUAAUUAUGUUUCUCAAAUAUGGACUUGAUGGUUCAGCUUAAUUCAGUAGUUCCCUUCCAAAUUAUUAGCCCUUCAUACUUGCAGUGGUUAAUCUGAGAAUUUUUUUUUUAAUAUUAUGGUCAGGGUUGUUUCAGGCCAUAGGCCAGAAUUGCUGACCAUGUUUAUUAUUAUCUGUAAAAUACGAGGGUACUUCGAAAGGUUCAUGGAAAAAUAUUAUGAAAAGAUAAUGCAAAUCUUUCCGUGAGCUUUUUGAAGUACCUUACUACUUUCCUUCAGUAUGAAGUCACUAUUUUUUAAAAGCUCAAAGUAGAAGAGGAAUCCCUAAGCCCUAACAGCUUACCCAAAGAUUAUAUUCAAAGAUUAUUUCAAAUUUGACUAUUUUUCCUUUAAGAACCAGGGCUAUUUUACAUUCAGAAUAUAGAUAAUUACUUUGAAAAUGUGGUAUCGUGGAAUUGAAAUAAAAUGCAGAAGUAUAUAUACUAGGCUGCUAGCAUUUACCAUCAUAGUUCCAAGUCCCUGAAUGUUACAUGUAAGGGUGGGAUGUGAAGAUUUACUGACAUUAAAAGUUCUGGGAAUAGACUAAAAAAAAAAAAUGCAUUAAAUUAUUUUAAUAGUAA